CGUACACGCUAACUCACACACACAUCAUCCACCCUUUGAGGCAGACGGACACGCAGUUGAAGCUCUGAAGAUGAACUUGGCUAAGAUCCAUGAGGGACUGCACAUUAAGACGUUCUGGGAGAAGAAGAUUAACACUGAAUGUCAACAUGCUGAGAGCGAAGACCAAAGGAAGAACAAGAGCGCACUCAAAAAGCUGAGGGAGGAGUGGCUGGUCCGCCUGGAGAACCGAACCAAACACCUGAAGAGCCUCAACGACAACUACGUCAGGAAGGUCAAAGUGGAGCAAUCAGAUGACCAGACAUGAGAUUAAAAAACAAAUAAACAGGGACGAUGAGGAUAAACUGUAGCAGCAUCAUGUUAAGAGCAACAAAGGGAUGUUUUGACAAAUAAAAACUUUAAUUCUGUAGAAUUUAAUCGAUUGUUUGCAAGAAUUAUGAAAUUGUGUGCACAAAAUAGUUACUAAUAAUAAAACAAUAAAACUAAAAGAAUACAACAAUUUUUUUUGACAAACUAUUUUGCACAGGUUUUGGUCACUGUGGACUACAGACCAGAUGAUAAACGUUACUGUGGUGAUAAGAACAGGGCUGCA